UUUUGAGACCCUGCUAGUUAAGACGGACGAGGUGAAGGGGAAAAACACGAAGAUUGUUCACAAACAUGAGGCUAUGAGCUAUGGUCUCAUUGUGAAGGCGAGUGAAGAUGUACCGACGGAGCUAUUGAGUGACCACAACACCAACAGCACCAAUUAUCUACCGAGGAAGUGAGAGUCGGCCUGAUGUGGCGAGACAUUUCGUUGAUACCGUGACGGAUAUAUCGUUAAAGAUUGAAAAAUCUUAGACCAAUAUAUCCAUAAACAUGUCCGCGGAUGACGUCCAGGCCCACGAAGCAGCAACGCAUUGCAAUUUAUGUAAAAUCGAGUUCAGCCCACCCUCGGAGAUACUAUAUCGUAAGACAACCGACCAUUUUAAUCUCACAGGAAAAUACCGUCAAGCUCUCUGCAAUGUAUGCAACCAAAAACUACGAACACCCUUUUUUGUACCGUGCUACUUCUAUAACUUGUCCAACUAUGACGCGCACCUGAUAGUGACAGAACUUGGUCACGACACUGAAGCUAUUACCGUGAUACCGAAUAGCGAGGAAAAAUUUAUAUCGUUUUCCAAAAACGUGUCAAGCAAAUUUUCGAUUCGAUUCAUUGAUACUUUCCACUUCAUAGCAACGAGUCUAUCUUCACUCGCUAAAAAUCUGAUAACACCAGGUUUUGAAAACUUUCGUGAAACAGUGUUUACUGGAGACGAUAUGCCGCUCGUGACACGGAAAGGGGUGUACCCGUAUGAGUAUACGGAUAGUUGGAGCAGGUUGGACGAGACUAGUUUACCGAGGAAGAGAGACUUUUACAACAGAUUGACCGAGUCGGGGAUAAAGGAGGAAGAGUUCGAUCACGCCAAGGAGGUAUGCUAUAUGCUGUGCGCGUAUUUAGAUCUAUAUUUUAAAAUUAUUAUGUUUACAGAUCUGGGACCACUUCAAUUGCAUGACGUUAGGCGAGUACAGCGAUCUGUACUUGAAAAUCGACGUGUUGCUGCUAGCGGACGUCUUUGAAAAUUUUCGUGAUGUGUGCAUAAAGACGUACAAUUUGGACGUGGAGUAUUAUUUUACUGCACCAGGAUUAAGUUUUGACGCGAUGUUGAAGUUUACCGGGAAAAAGUUGGAGCUGUUGAGUGAUUACGAUAUGUUAUUAAUGUAUGAGAAUGGUAUUCGUGGUGGAUUAGUGCAGACAAGCAUGAGACAUGCCAAAGCGAAUAAUAUAAAGACCCCAGACUAUGACGAAACUAAGGAGAAAUCGUGGUUGAUAUACCAGGACUGUAAAUAUAUUUAUUUAUUCAUUUAUUUAUUUAUUCAUUUUUCAAACUCAAACUUUACAGGUAAUAAUCUCUAUGGCUGGGAUUUGAGUCAGUAUAUGCCAUACAGUGACUUCAAUUGGGUUGAUUUCAACUUGAACAAAUUAAGUGAGAUGGAACGUUCGAGGAGAAAAAAAAUUUUAUUAUACAUUAUAGGAACCUACAGCAAGCGAUUAAAAAAUGGAUUAAUAGUACAUAGAGUUAUCCAGUUUAACCAGUCAGAUUGGCUGGCUAAAUAUAUUGAAUUGAAUACAGCUCAAUCGCACGAAUAUCGUACAUUUUCUGAUCAACGGCGUACGCGUAUUUACGAUUCCUUGACCUAG